UUUACUUCCGGCAACAACAAGGAAACGAGGAAAAAAAUCUCUGUGUUGACAAAAGGAAACUAAGGAAUAAUGAGGCAAAUAGAAUGGGCGAUGUGGGCCAACGAGCAGGCUAUAGCUAGUGCAUUUAUUUUGAUUUCUGGAGGAGCCAUUGGUGUAGCAGGUUUCUUCAAGGGCUGGGAGAUCGGAAUCUAUGGAAUUGUUGCAGGCAUUUUUGUGCUGAUGAUCGAGUACCCUCGCGGCAAGAGGAAGACAGGUCAUUCUACACAGGAGAGAACGUUUCAGAGACCACUGUCUAGAUUACUGAACUGCUGCGGACCAGUCACCCGCAACUAUUUUGUCAGAUUUAUAAUUUAUCUUGUAUUAUGUGUUCCUGCCUGCUUUAUCCUUGCCACGUUGCUGGGAGGGGUGUGUCUCUUUAUCACAAGCAUGAUCUACAUGGUGGCAGCCUUCCGUGGAGAAGAAUGGUUAGCUGUAGGCUUAGAAGAGAAAGAGGCUGACCCAGUAAGGGAACUGAAGUCCUUUAAACGGCCAGUGAAACCGCCACCACGGUUUGUUGGUCAUGUGCAAGAAGAGGAAGAAAACCGGGUGUGAGGUGCACAGUUCCCACCAGUGAUGUCUUUACAAUUCUCAAAUCAACACGAAGUACUCCUACAAUGCAUAUUACCAGCCGAAUCUCUAAAUGAGUAACCUGCAUAAAGCUUAUAAAACAUUCCAUGACAUGCAAGUUUAUUUAUGACUUGGAAGUUUGUCAAGUUUUAGAUUUAAUCAAACUUCACUAUGAAAGCCAUUGAAGCAUUAAUCCUUUCACCACUGUAGACCGUAAUGGAUUCAUCCAGAUCAAUGCACAGUACAGUCUGCUAAAGUUACAUAUGGGUGAAAGGGUUAAAGUGGUAACAUUUCCUUUAAUUACCCUAAUUUCUGACAUAUAUCUCACAGGAAAUAACUUUUUUACAUCUAAAAGGCUUUGUUAAUAUGACAGAGCUGAUAACAAACCAUUCAUGGCUUACCCGGUAUUGUUUAAAUGACUACGAAAUUACUAAGUUUUGAACAUAGGCCAGCUGUAAAGCAGAGCCUGAUAAUCUUAAGAAAAUAAUCCAUGGUUUAUUCUGGAGAUUUUAGGCCAUGUUAACAGAUUACUAUUGUUAUCUUUAAUGUGUUCUAAAUAUAUAGAGGAUAUUUAAUGAUGUCUUCAGUAAUGACAAAUAUAUUUCACUAGUGUGGCUUAUAUUUUGAUAU